AUGAAGAUGAUCUCAAUCACCUUCCUCUUCUUCAUCAUCAUCAUCCUUACCUCAUCCCCUUCUUACGCAGAAGACGACGUGCUCUGUCUCAAAGGCCUCAAAAACUCACUCACCGAUCCUUCAGGUAGACUCACCACCUGGUCUUUCCCAAACUCUUCAUCUUCUUCAAUCUGCACACUCACCGGAGUCUCUUGCUGGAACGCUAAAGAGAAUCGCAUCAUCUCCCUCCACCUCCCGUCAAUGCAACUCGCCGGUCAGAUUCCGGAGUCUCUCAAGCUUUGUCGCAGCUUACAGUCUCUAGAUCUCUCCGACAACGACUUCUCCGGUUCGAUUCCUCGCGAAAUCUGCUCGUGGCUUCCUUACCUCGUCACUUUAAACCUCUCCGGUAACAAACUCUCCGGAGAAAUACCGUCCGAGAUCGCUGACUGCAAGUUCUUGAACAGUUUAGCUCUUAAUGAUAAUAAGUUAACCGGUCCGGUUCCUUUUCAGUUAACCCGGUUAAACCGUCUCCAACGACUUUCUCUCUCCGACAACGGUCUCUCCGGUUUGAUUCCCGCCGAUCUCUCCCAUUUCGGAGAGGACGGGUUUACCGGAAAUAACGGACUUUGCGGGAAGCCGUUAUCUAACUGCGGAGCGUUGAACGGUAAAAACGUAACGGUCAUUGUCAUCGCGGGGGUAACGGGAGCUGUUGGGUCGUUGUGUGUUGGGUUCGCUGUGUUCUGGUGGUUUUUUGUAAGAGACGUGAGGAGGAAGAAAGGUUACGGGGCAGGAGAGUGUAAGGACGAUGGUGAUUGGAUCGGUUUGAUGAAUUCGCAUAAACUAGUUCAGGUUGCUUUGUUUCAGAAACCUAUUGUGAAGAUUAGAUUGGCUGAUUUGAUUGUGGCUACGGAUAGUUUUGGUUCCGACAGUGUUGUUGUCUCUUCGAGAACUGGUGUUUCUUAUAAAGCUGAUUUACCUGAUGGGUCUGCGCUUGAGGUCAAGAGGCUUAGCUGUGGUUAUGAGUUAAGUGAGAAGCAGUUUAGGUCUGAGGUGAACAGGUUGGGUCAGAUCAGGCAUCCGAAUCUGGUUCCGCUUCUCGGGUUCUGCGUUGUGGAGGAUGAGAGGUUGUUGGUGUAUAAACACAUGGUUAAUGGGACGUUGAAGUCUCGGUUACAGGGUUUGGAUUGGCCUGCUCGGGUUAAGGUCGGUGUUAGAGCGGCUAGAGGGUUAGCUUGGUUGCAUCAUGGAUGUGAAACUGCGUGUUUGCAUCAGUACAUAAGCUCAAAUGUGAUUCUUCUAGAUGAAGAGUUUGAUGCUCGUGUUAUAGACUAUGGUUUGGGGAAGCUAGUGAGUUUUGAGAGAGACUCUAACGAUAGCUCGUUUAGUAAUGGUGAUUUUGGGGAAGUGGGUUACGUUGCGCCUGAGUAUACAAGCACUAUGGUUGCGUCUUUGAGUGGAGAUGUGUAUGCGUUUGGGGUUGUGCUUCUUGAGAUUGUUACGGGACAAAAGCCGGUUUUGGUUAACGAUGGUGAAGAUUGGUUUAAUGGGAGUUUAGUUGAUUGGGUGAGUAAGCAUUUGAGUGAUGGUGGAAGCAAAGACGUGGUUGAUAGAAGUGUGAUUGGUAGAGGUUAUGAUGAUGAGAUCAUGCAGUUUUUGAGAAUUGCGUGUAGCUGUGUUGUAUCGAGGCCUAAAGAAAGACCGUUGAUGAUCCAUGUUUAUGAAUCUUUGAAGAAGUUGGGAUAUCAUUAUGGUUUCUUCACUGAGCAUAGUGAUGAGUUUCCACUAAUUUUUAACAAACAAGAACCCUGAUUUGUAACUACAAAGAUACUCAAUCUUUUUAACCACAUACUUACCUAGUGUUUUCACUUUUAAUGUGAUGCAUGAAUGUACACUAUGGGAUGGUUGUAAGUUGUAACUUGUAAUAAAAUGAAUUUUG